AUGUCUGGAGAAGUGCGUUUGAGGCAGUUGGAGCAGUUUAUUUUGGAUGGGCCCGCUCAGACCAAUGGGCAGUGCUUCAGUGUGGAAACGUUACUGGAUAUCCUCAUCUGCCUUUACGAUGAAUGCAAUAAUUCUCCAUUGAGAAGAGAGAAGAACAUUCUUGAAUACCUAGAAUGGGCUAAACCAUUUACUUCUAAAGUGAAACAGAUGCGAUUACAUAGAGAAGACUUUGAAAUAUUAAAGGUGAUUGGUCGAGGGGCUUUUGGAGAGGUUGCUGUAGUGAAACUAAAAAAUGCAGAUAAAGUAUUUGCCAUGAAAAUAUUGAAUAAAUGGGAAAUGCUGAAAAGAGCUGAGACAGCAUGUUUUCGUGAAGAAAGGGAUGUGUUAGUGAAUGGAGACAAUAAAUGGAUUACAACUUUACAUUAUGCUUUCCAGGAUGACAAUAACUUAUACCUGGUUAUGGAUUAUUAUGUUGGUGGGGAUUUGCUUACUCUACUCAGCAAAUUUGAAGAUAGAUUGCCUGAAGACAUGGCUCGAUUUUACUUGGCUGAGAUGGUGAUAGCAAUUGAUUCAGUUCAUCAGCUGCAUUAUGUACACAGAGACAUCAAACCUGACAAUAUAUUGAUGGAUAUGAAUGGACAUAUUCGGUUAGCGGAUUUUGGUUCAUGUCUGAAGCUGAUGGAAGAUGGAACGGUCCAAUCCUCAGUGGCUGUUGGAACUCCAGAUUAUAUCUCUCCUGAAAUCCUUCAAGCCAUGGAAGAUGGAAAAGGCAGAUAUGGACCUGAGUGUGACUGGUGGUCUUUGGGGGUCUGUAUGUAUGAAAUGCUUUAUGGAGAAACACCAUUUUAUGCAGAAUCUCUGGUGGAAACAUAUGGAAAAAUCAUGAAUCACAAAGAGAGGUUUCAGUUUCCCCCGCAAGUGAGUGAUGUGUCUGAAAAUGCUAAGGAUCUUAUUCGAAGACUCAUCUGUAGCAGAGAACAUCGACUUGGUCAAAAUGGAAUAGAAGACUUUAAGAAGCACCCAUUUUUCAAUGGAAUUGAUUGGGAUAAUAUUCGAAACUGUGAAGCACCUUAUAUUCCAGAAGUUAGUAGCCCAACAGAUACAUCGAAUUUUGAUGUGGAUGAUGAUUGUUUAAAGAAUUCUGAAACGAUGCCCCCACCAACACACACUGCCUUUUCUGGUCACCAUCUGCCAUUUGUUGGUUUUACAUAUACUAGUAGCUGUGUUCUUUCUGAUCGGAGCUGUUUAAGAGUUACAGCUGGUCCCACGCCAUUGGAUCUCGAUGUUAAUGUGCAGAGGACUCUAGAUAACAACUUAGCAACUGAAGCUUAUGAAAGAAGAAUUAAGCGCCUUGAGCAGGAAAAACUUGAACUUAGUAGAAAGCUUCAAGAGUCAACGCAGACUGUCCAGGCUCUGCAGUAUUCAACUGCUGAUGGUCCACUAACAGCAAGCAAAGAUUUAGAAAUAAAAAGCUUAAAAGAAGAAAUUGAAAAACUAAGGAAACAAGUAAGAGAAUCAAGUCACUUGGAACAGCAACUUGAAGAAGCUAAUUCUGUGAGGCGAGAAUUAGAUGAUGCUUUUAGACAAAUCAAGGCUUAUGAAAAACAAAUCAAGACAUUACAACAAGAAAGGGAAGAAUUAAAUAAGGAACUAGUCCAGGCUAGUGAGCGAUUAAAAAACCAAUCCAAAGAGCUGAAAGACGCACACUGUCAGAGGAAACUGGCCAUGCAGGAAUUCAUGGAGAUCAAUGAGCGGCUAACAGAAUUGCACACCCAAAAACAGAAACUUGCUCGCCAUGUCCGAGAUAAGGAAGAAGAGGUGGACCUGGUGAUGCAAAAAGUUGAAAGCUUAAGGCAAGAACUGCGCAGAACAGAAAGAGCCAAAAAAGAGCUGGAAGUUCGUACAGAAGCUGUGGCUGCUGAAGCAUCUAAAGACAGGAAAUUGCGUGAACAGAGUGAGCACUAUUCUAAGCAACUGGAGAAUGAACUAGAGGGACUGAAGCAAAAACAAAUUAGUUAUUCACCAGGAGUAUGCAGCAUAGAACAUCAGCAAGAAAUAACCAAACUAAAGACUGAUUUGGAAAAGAAAAGUAUCUUUUAUGAAGAAGAAUUGUCCAAGAGAGAAGGAAUACAUGCAAAUGAAAUUAAAAAUCUGAAGAAAGAACUACAUGAUUCAGAAGGCCAACAACUUGCUCUCAACAAAGAAAUUAUGAUUUUGAAAGACAAAUUGGAAAAAAACAGGAGAGAGAGUCAAAGUGAAAGGGAAGAAUUUGAAAAUGAAUUCAAGCAACAGUAUGAACGAGAAAAAGUGUUACUAACUGAAGAAAAUAAAAAACUGACAAGUGAGCUUGAUAAGCUUACCGCUUUGUGUGAGAACUUAAGUGCACGUAACCAGCAGUUAGAAGAAGAGGUCAAAGAUCUGGCAGAUAAGAAGGAAUCGGUUGCGCAUUGGGAGGCUCAGAUCACAGAAAUAAUUCAGUGGGUCAGUGAUGAAAAGGAUGCACGAGGUUAUCUUCAAGCCUUAGCUUCUAAAAUGACUGAAGAAUUGGAAGCUUUAAGAAACUCCAGCUUGGGUACCCGAGCAACAGAUAUGCCCUGGAAAAUGCGACGUUUUGCAAAACUGGAUAUGUCAGCCAGACUGGAGUUACAGUCAGCUCUGGAUGCAGAAAUAAGAGCCAAACAGGCCAUCCAAGAAGAGCUGAAUAAAGUUAAAGCGUCUAACAUCAUAACAGAAUGUAAACUAAAAGAUUCAGAGAAGAAGAACUUGGAACUACUAUCAGAAAUCGAACAACUGAUAAAGGACACUGAAGAGCUUAGAUCUGAAAAGGGUAUAGAGCACCAAGACUCACAGCAUUCUUUCUUGGCAUUUUUGAAUACGCCUACCGAUGCUCUGGAUCAAUUUGAACGCUCUCCAUCCUGUACUCCAGCUAGCAAAGGCAGACGUACUGUAGACUCUACUCCACUUCCAGUUCAUACACCAACCUUAAAAAAGGGAUGCCCUGGUUCAACUGGCUUUCCACCGAAGCGCAAGACUCAUCAGUUUUUUGUCAAAUCUUUUACUACUCCUACCAAGUGUCAUCAGUGUACCUCUUUGAUGGUGGGUUUGAUAAGACAAGGCUGUUCUUGUGAAGUGUGUGGAUUUUCAUGUCACAUAACUUGUGUCAACAAAGCUCCAACUGCUUGUCCAGUUCCUCCUGAACAGACAAAAGGUCCUCUGGGUAUAGAUCCACAGAAAGGAAUAGGAACAGCAUAUGAAGGGCAUGUCAGGAUCCCUAAGCCAGCUGGAGUGAAGAAAGGAUGGCAGAGAGCACUGGCUGUCGUUUGUGACUUCAAGCUCUUUCUGUACGAUAUUGCCGAAGGAAAGGCAUCUCAGCCCAGUGUUGUAGUCAGUCAAGUGAUUGACAUGAGGGAUGAAGAAUUUUCUGUGAGUUCAGUCUUGGCUUCUGAUGUUAUUCAUGCAAGUCGAAAAGAUAUACCCUGUAUAUUUAGAGUCACAGCUUCCCAGCUCUCAGCAUCUAGUAACAAAUGUUCCAUCCUGAUGCUAGCUGAUAGUGAAAAUGAGAAGAGUAAGUGGGUGGGAGUACUGAGUGAAUUGCACAAGAUUUUGAAGAAAAACAAAUUCAGAGACCGCUCAGUCUAUGUUCCCAAAGAGGCUUAUGACAGCACUCUGCCCCUCAUUAAAACAACCCAGGCAGCUGCAAUCAUAGAUCAUGAAAGAAUAGCUUUGGGGAAUGAAGAAGGGUUAUUUGUUGUGCAUGUCACCAAAGAUGAAAUUAUUAGAGUUGGUGACAAUAAGAAGAUUCAUCAGAUAGAACUCAUUCCAAAUGAUCAACUUGUUGCCGUGAUCUCAGGACGAAAUCGACACGUCCGACUUUUUCCUAUGUCAGCUCUGGACGGGCGAGAGACUGAUUUUUAUAAGCUGGCAGAAACUAAAGGCUGUCAAACAAUAACUUCUGGAAAAGUGCAUCAUGGAGCCCUUACAUGCUUGUGUGUGGCUAUGAAAAGGCAGGUCCUCUGUUAUGAACUAUUUCAGAGCAAGACGCGUCACAGAAAAUUUAAGGAAAUUCAAGUCCCAUACAAUGUCCAGUGGAUGGCAGUCUUCAGUGAGCAACUCUGUGUGGGAUUCCAGUCUGGAUUUCUAAGAUAUCCCCUGAAUGGAGAAGGAAGUCCAUAUAGUAUGCUCCAUUCAAAUGACCAUACACUCUCAUUUAUUGCACAUCAACCAAUGGAUGCCAUCUGUGCGGUUGAAAUCUCCAGUAAAGAAUACCUGCUGUGUUUUAACAGCAUUGGGAUAUACACUGACUGCCAGGGCCGAAGAUCUAGACAACAGGAACUGAUGUGGCCGGCGAAUCCUUCCUCUUGUUGUUACAAUGCACCGUAUCUCUCAGUGUACAGUGAAAAUGCAGUUGAUAUCUUUGAUGUGAACUCCAUGGAAUGGAUUCAGACUCUCCCACUCAAAAAGGUUCGCCCCUUAAACAGUGAAGGAUCAUUAAAUCUUUUAGGCUUGGAGACGAUUAGAUUGAUAUAUUUCAAAAAUAAAAUGGCAGAAGGGGAUGAACUGGUAGUUCCUGAAACAUCGGAUAAUAGUCGGAAGCAGAUGGUUAGAAAUAUUAACAAUAAGAGGCGUUACUCUUUCAGAGUUCCAGAAGAGGAGAGAAUGCAGCAGAGGAGGGAGAUGUUACGAGAUCCAGAAAUGAGAAAUAAAUUAAUUUCUAACCCAACUAAUUUUAACCACAUAGCACAUAUGGGUCCAGGAGAUGGAAUACAGAUCCUAAAAGACCUGCCCAUGAACCCUCGGCCUCAGGAAAGUCGGACAGCAUUCAGUGGCUCGGUCAGUAUUCCGUCUAUCACCAAAUCCCGCCCUGAACCCGGUCGCUCCAUGAGCGCCAGCAGUGGCCUGUCAGCAAGGUCAUCUGCACAGAAUGGCAGUGCGUUAAAGAGAGAAUUCUCUGGAGGCAGCUACAGUGCAAAGCGGCAGCCCAUGCCCUCCCCAUCGGAGGGCUCGCUGUCCUCGGGAGGCAUGGACCAGGGAAGCGACGCCCCAGCGCGGGACUAUGACGGAGAGGACUCUGAUUCUCCACGGCAUUCCACGGCUUCCAACAGUUCCAAUCUGAGCAGUCCUCCCAGCCCGGUGUCGCCCCGGAAGACCAAGAGCCUAUCUCUGGAGAGCACGGACCGCGGGAGCUGGGACCCGUGAGCGGGAGCUGGGACCAUGAGCAGCCUCCGCGCUUAGACGCUCUGGGCUCCCCUCCACUGCCCCCCUCCUCCCACUGUCAUCUCUUCCCCAACCUCUGCCUGAAAACGCCAGGGCCAACUGCAGUAGCAAGGCGGGGGUUCAGGAAUUCUGCCUCUAGGACUUUCAUCCAUGCCCUCCUCGACUUAACAGCAACAACCAUAAAGGCAGACUUUCAUUGAGCAGCUUAGAUGAAUACUGAUUUCAUUUCAUACACUUAGCAUUGCUUUCCAGACUAUUUCACCCUUCCCCUAAAAGGUAGCUUAAGUAGACAGAUUCCACACAUGUAAGCGAUAAGAAUAAGAUUAAGCAGACCUUGUUUUCACAGUAGAGUCUCAUGUAGCCCUGAGACAGCACGUGGGGCUCGCUAGUGGGCCCCGGGCGCGCGCCAAGCCCCUUCAGCACCACAGUGAAUGUCGACCUGAUCGUUGCCAGUAAAUCCCUUAUCACUAAAACGAUGCAUAUUUUACUACAAAACAGAGUUUAAAUAAAUACACAAAUGUAGAGGUUAAGUACUGAAUGUAUAUAGUAAAAAGAAGCAUCUUGUAUUCAACAAAAACUGGAUGCAUAUAUGAGAGAUCAUUUAAUUUAAAGAACUGUGUUGUUUCCUGUCUGUUUUCCACCUAAAAAAUGAAAGGGUAGAAAGGCCUGGCACUGAUGUGUGAAGAGGGAGGGUGGGAGGAGCAAGCAUCCCCUUACCGCCAGCUCUCCCACUGGGCAGGGGAACCUGCGUCUCUCACGCUGGACCCGGGCACCUGCGAGCUUUAGGAGAUGCUCCAAGGCUUUGGUUUCAUCGGUUUGGAGUGUAAAUUGGGAACCAGACUUGUAACAUUUAAAGCCUCUUCAGCAGCAUCAUUAAAAGGCAGAUUUACUUCUAUCCAAAAGACAUUUCUAUUUCUAGCAGUAGAAUUUGAACCGCACUUCUCAUCUGUUAUUAUAUUUUGGUAUCUUCUGCAGAUGAAUGUAGAAACGCAGUUUUGUCACCUUCUGGAUCCCUUCCAUCUGAAAGGAUACAAGGAAUGGCGUAGUUUCUGAAGGGCCAUAAAAAGGUUCAGCAGAGUGCUUUUUUCCCUUGGCUGAUCUCCUCCCCACCUUGCAGUGAGGCCUAUGUCCCCAGCUGAGCCAGCUUCUCUUCAGAGAGGGAUCUGUUUUGAGGGAGGGGUGUCAGCAUCCUCAGAUAAGCCUGGGAAAGGGGUUUAAUUACCAAAUAAUGUAAAACCUCAAAUGCAAGGACUUGAACAGCCUUAACCAAAUACUCUUUCCCACACGGAGCAGGAAGCAGACAGCUCAUCCCUGCCGCACACAGGAAGUCAACCCAGCGUGGCCUUCCUGAGCGGGUAAGCUUUGCCUCCCUCCUAGCUAUAUUGUGUUAGUCCCGUUUCCAUUUGGAUUCCUGCUAUUUUAAUUGCCAUAAGGAAAGAGAUGCAGAACCAGGAAUUUAUUUCUCCAGAGUCAUUUCACCAGUUAAGCACAUGAGUAGAGAAAGAUAGAAAUAAAAAUAUCUGACGGUCAUACAGAGAAUCUGCCUCUCUUACUUUUUAUCUAAAUUUCCCUGAGAAGUACCAACAGAUUUUCUGCUGUCUUCUUAAAAUUCAGCUGAAAUGGAAGAGCAUUCCUGCCAUUACUUGUCCGCAUCUUGGUGUGUGAGCACUGACGUCUUACCCACCCAGAACCACCUCCACACCCACACCCACACACACACACACCCCCACCACAGCCAUUCCACUUCCCACCGCAGGCCACAGGGAACCGGACUAUUCCCAGAAGAUGCCACUCUCAGGAGGAAGUCACUGAGGUUCAGGGAGGGAAGAAAGGGUCCUGUGUGGGCAUUAUAUUGUGAAAUAUUACAGUAGAGAAUUUUAAAAUAACAAGAGUUUUGGCAUUUAAACAUCCUGAACUUGGCGCUUGCUCAGAUUUAUGUUUAACUUGGGAUGGGCAUAAAUGACUGCACAAUUCUAACCUUCUAAAUCCUUUGCUUUUGGAAGAGAAGUGUUAUGUGGAAGUACUUUUGUGCAUUUAGAUUUCAAGAGUCAAACGUUGAGUCUGGUUACUGCCAUGACUCCAAUCACUCCUUACGUUUGGCACUUCCCAGGAGGAGAGGGAACCUGCCAGCCGACUGCUGAGCGUCUGUGGCCCAGUCCCCUUCAGACCCUCCCACCCUCUUCUUUGCUUUCCCCUCACCUCUUCCUGGCCCCCUUUUCACCUCUGAGCGGAGGCAGAUCCAGCUGAGAUUCACUGGACUCCACACUAAGCCAUUAGUUUAUAGCUUUGACAACUAAGUUUCUGUUGCCUAUAGGUGCUUAUUUCUUUCAGAUGCUUUUAGGAUCAAAAUAAUAACCAUAUCUGAAGUAUGGACACCAGUAUAGUGAGUCAUACCCUGUAGCCCCCAUACAGGGCAGAUAAGGGCUUGUCCUGGCUUUCGGACUCACUGGGAGGUGUAAUACUAACCCAGUAGAUUAUACUCCAGUAAUCUGAAACGGUCUUAGCAGUAGCAAGAGAGCAGUCCCAAAUGUGAUUCGUGUCCAAUAGGAGGAGCCUUGGGGAAGAAACACUGCCAAGGGUGGUAAUCUGGGGGUUAUUUUCCCAAGAUAGUGAUCAUUCAACUGGGUUUAUCCCCAUUCUCCAAUAUGAAGCAGUUACCUUCUGAAGGUUCUUGAAAAGAAUGAUUUGGGAAGAUGGGGAAUGGAUUCUAGAGAAACAAAAAGCAUAAUGAUCGCUGAAAUGGAUCAGUAACAAAGAUUACGGAACAGAUGUGAUGCUGCUGUCUGCAUUCGUCCUUUGUUUUCAAGCAGGACAUUCAAAGAAACGUGGAAGCAGGAGCUUAUUUCUCAGUAGAAAGGAAAAGUAAGAGGCAUUUCUGGCAUAGUCUAGAUGUGUUGAUAUUUGGUGCUAUCUAUAUUCAGCCAAUUUGUUGUCUACUCUUGAAUUCUACUUUAAUCUUGCUAUGUGCUUUGGGUGUAUAAAAUUACAUAUAUACAUACAUACACACACACACACAUAUAUAUAUAUCUUUUUGCCAAAAACAGAAGCCUUCCUCCUUGUCAAAUAAUUGCUAAAGCACCUUUUUUAGUUAUGUGUGUGCACACACACCUACACUUAGUGAUUUAAUCUUCUUUCUGAGGGAGCAUAGUUUUAAGGCUGUGAAACACAACUAAAAAGGGCCCAUCUAUUUAAUUUUCCAAGCAGAGCUUGUACCCAAGCUUCAGGGAAGAAUCUGAAAUCCCUGUUUUGUUUACAGCAGCAUUCUGUCAUUCCCCAGCUGGUUCUCAGCCUCCCUCUGCCUUCCGUAUGGUUAGAGUCGCAUCAUUUUGUUUCUCAGUGGCCACAUCUACUUCUGUGAAAGACCAGUUGCAUUUCUAUGGACUCUCAGGUAUCGUUAAAGAAAAGCCAGAGUAGAGGUGGGCAGACAUCCCUGACCCCCAGGCAGAACAGGGCUGUUUACUGGCCUUUGUCCCCAAGCUCUGUGGUCUCCCAGCUCAGCGGAGCCCUGUCAAGCUCAGCAUCCACUCUCGGGACAGAGGAGCGUUCUCAGCAGCGGCCAGGCUUCACCACUGCCCCAGUCUGCUGGGCACAGUUGGGAAAUGACCAGGCCCCCCGCUCCCCUCCUCUCGCUGGCCCAGCCCCUGCAUUCAUUAGAUAAGCCACACGGCAUUUCAUUGGGCCCAUCUUAAAAACCUCUUUCCCUGUUAUGACUUCAUUAUGACAAGUCCAGCGUCCUCUGCAGAGCCCUGCUCCAAAGGGGCCCUCACUUCAGCUGGAGCUCUGCCUCGAGUCUCAGCGCUGGUCAGCAGGCCAGGCGCUCCUCUCCCUUCGCAGGGAUGACCGUUACACACACAAACCAUUUCAUUUAUGGGGGGAAAUUGAUGAAAACAAAUCAGCCUUGAAAUUUCAUGAAAACAAAAUGACCUGCCUUUUUAUUUGAUAGUGUAAUAUCAUUUAUUUUAUAAAUUUUUUAGGGUUUUUUCUCAUUGUAAUAUUAUUGUACAGUUUUGCAUGGCCUGGGUGUAAUCAUUUUUUUGUUUAGAAUAUAAUGCUGACAAAUAAGUGUGUAUGGAAGGGGAAAAGAUAACUGCUUUGGCCUCUGAUCACUCUUUAUUUUGUUUGGUUUUACCCCCUCAGUGUCUUAGGGAACUUUAUAAGGAGAUUCUCUGCUACCAAACAAUGGUGUGGAUUCUUUUGCACAGAAAUAUUUAAGGUGGGACAGUCAAAAAUAUAACAAGACUCCUCGCCGAUAUUUUAUGUUGGUAUCACUUAAUAUUAACCAGACUCUGAUGUAUUGCAAUAAAACAGAGAACUGUUAGAACUGA